CAGAUGGAGCUCCCGAAGGGUUCCUCUGUCCAGCGGACCUUCAUAUCUGCCAUCCUCAGCAUGUUAUCACUCAGCCUCUCCGCAGCAUCCCUGCUCAGCAGCGAGUGGUUUGUGGGCACACAGAAGGUGCCCAAGCCCCUGUGCGGGCAAAGUCUGGCAGCCAAGUGCUUUAACAUGCCGAUGUCCCUGGAUGGCGUCGUCACCAACACAUCAGCCCAGGAGGUGGUACAAUACACCUGGGAGACUGGGGAUGACCGGUUCUCCUUCCUUACCUUCCGCAGUGGCAUGUGGCUAUCCUGUGAGGAAACCGUGGAAGAGCCAGGGGAGAGGUGCCGAAGUUUCCUUGAACUCACACCACCAGCCAAGAGAGGUGAGAAAGGACUACUGGAAUUUGCCACGUUGCAAGGCUCAUGUCACCCCACUCUCCGAUUUGGAGGGGAGUGGCUGAUGGAGAAGGCUUCCCUCCCCCACCUCCCCUUGGUGCCUGUGGCAAAGGUCCUCUGGUUAUCACUGUGUGCCCAAAUUACCUACAUCGGACUUCAAUUAAUCAGCUUCCUCCUGCUCCUGACCGACCUGCUGCUCACACGUAACCCUGGCUGUGGCCUCAAGUUAAGCGCCUUCGCAGCCAUGUCCUUGGUCCUGUCAGGCCUUCUGGGGAUGGUGGCUCACAUGCUAUAUUCGCAAGUCUUCCAGGCAACUGCCACCUUAGGCCCGGAGGACUGGAGACCACACUCCUGGAGCUAUGGUUGGGCUUUCUACACGGCCUGGGUGUCCUUCACCUGCUGCAUGGCAUCAGCUGUCACCACCUUCAACACAUACACUAGGCUGCUGCUGGAGUUCAAGUGCAGGCACAGCAAGAGCUUUAACGCCAACCCCAGUUGCCUGGCACGCCACCACCGCUGUUUCCUUCCCCAGCUGACAUGCGCAGCCCAUGAAGGCGAACCUCUGACCAGCAGCCAUCAGUACCCCAGCCAUCCCAUCCGCUCUGUCUCCGAAGGUAUCGACUUCUACUCGGCGGCGCUCCAAGAGAAGGAAUUUCCACAGGGGACCAGCCAGGAGCUGAAAGAAGUGGCUGGGUCAUCUCUAGAAGAGCAGUGUUAA